UUAUUUGUUUCCACACGAGGCAUGACAAGUACAAAUGAUUUGCUCUCAGAAAUUCAUAUUCCCCUCUCACUCUCCUCUCCCUCUCCCAUUUAUAACCAAAUUCUUGAAAAAACCCAGUUCUUCCUUCUUGAAACUUUAAACCCAUUACAAAAACAAAGCAAAAAGUAGAAGAAAAAAAAAAUGAGAUCAUCAUCAUCUAAACAUGGUCAUGGGGCAUCAGAGAACAAUCGCAGUAUCAGUGGUCACAUGUACACUCUUCAUCAGCGUCUCUACCAUGCUCUCAAUCUUGGUAACAGAUCUUAUGAUGACAAGACGAGGAAAUGGAUGUGCACGGAUAUUGAGGUGCAAAGACAUGUGGUUCGCUCAAUUGCUGCAUUUCUUGAUUCUAUUUCUGGAGAUACACUACACCAUCCACUUGUAAAGGAUUCAGUUGCUGAUAUGGUUGGUGCAUUGGUAUGGAUUCUUCAUUUUAAAAAUGGAGCCAUACUAAAUAUAGCAGCAAAAGUGGUAGUAAAGUUGGUUAAUGUUUUACCCAGUUCAGUAAUGCAGCCUUAUUUGUUAGAUCUUGUUCAUCCUCUCUCAUCCUUGUUAUCUUUACGACAAGUAGAAGUGGCUGUAUCAUGUGCUACUGCUUUGAAUCUGAUUCUGUCAAACCAGAGUUCUAAAAGCGAGAAAGCAAUUUGGGGGAUUUUGAAAAAAACAGAAACUGUUGCUCAUAUCGUAAGUAACAUACAUGAUUUUUCUGGAGGUAUAAUACCAAGCGAAUAUUUCCAAGAGAUGGCUUCACUUUUGAGUACAAUAUUGAGGCGGUGGCCUCCAUCUAGGUAUCCUGUUUGGAGUGAUGUUAAAUUGAUGAAAGCUUUAGAGUCUAUACACACAACACCAAAUUCGUCUAUUAAAGUUGCAGUUUUGAAGUUGUAUUUUGCUUUAGCUUUAUGUGGUAGUGCUGCCAUGAAUCUUAUAGAAAAUGGAGAAGCACUAUUGCAGAUGAUGGUGCAAUGCAUGGACAGAUCACAGCCUCAUUCUGUUCAGGUGGAGGGAUUUAGACUUGCCCAAUGUUUAGUGAGAAAUGAAGAAACGUGUUUGAAAGUAAUGAACUUUUGUUGUGAGCCUUUUGUUAAAGCCAUAAUGUGUGGGAUCAGCCAACAGAGAUCUCUUUCUGGAAAGGCUGCUGAUGAUCAAGUUUCUUUUUUAGUGGAGGCAUGCUGUUUGGCUCUGAUAACUCGUUGGGCAGGGGAACAUCACAUUUAUUUUUGGAAACAAGGGAUUGAUGGAGUCCUUCUUGGUCUUCUCUCAAAAGAUUUUCACAAGAACUUAUAUCAAGAAUUUGUGUCAUUGGAACAGAAAAUUUCCAUAGCGCAGGAGAUUCUCAGUGCCAAUUAUCUUCUUGUUUUGAGGGGAUAUGUCUGGGAUAUUCUUGGAUGGCUUGCAACACACUGUGGGGAAGAUUUCAAUCCCAAAAUAUUUAUAAAUGAACUCUAUCUCGACAUCCUUAUUACAUGUACAUGCUUGGCAUUUGUGGAUGCUAUUUCCAAAUGGCGCCAAGUAUGCCAAAACGAUGUUGUUGAUACUUUCAAAAGUGAGUCAGCGUCAAGGGCAGUUCUGUUGAUGAUUUAUUCUCCCAGCAAGCACAUUGCCUUGAGAGCCAGAGUUAUACUAUCUGAAAUAUUAAAGCCAAAUGGCAAGGAGUAUUUGAUGCAUAUAUUACAUACCCUAAAUAAUACAGCCUCUCAGAGGAACAUUGGAAUGCCAAUACUUAAACUUGUCAUUAACUCAAUAGGUUUGACUUGUUAUUGUGGUCUGCCACAAUAUCGGAGGCGUCUAUUUAAAAGUAAAGGGAUAGAGACACUACUGGUCCUUGUAAAAUGCUGCUUAGACAAUGACGUCCACAUAAAAAGGCAGAGCUUUGCUCCUCAUUUGCAAAAUGCAUUCCAUGAUAGGAUAUGUUGCUGGGUUUGUACGGAAGAGUGGGAAGGUGGGGACAUUCCUUUGCUCUAUAGUUUGUGGGGGCUAGCUGAGUUGAUGCACAAUUCUGGUUCCGUAAGAAAUAACCUCAACAUAUUUGCUGGUGAGGUGACGUAUACUCAAACUGAACUAGUUAGCAAACUCCAGGAGAUCUGCAUUCACCCAUCUUCUCCUGGACUUGGAUGGUAUGCUGCUUAUGUCCUUAGUUGCUUUGGAGUGUAUGGUUUUCCAAGCAAACUGGGGAAAAGGAUUGGGAAAGCACUUAAUGAGAAGGAAUAUGCAGAUAUGCAACUCAUUCUUACGAAGGGACAGUCUUUGAAUGUCCAUGGUGUUGUUUUUGCAGUUCGAUGUUCAGCUCUGCUGCCUCCUAAAGGACUACCUAUUAAUGAGAAAACGUUUGAUGGUUCUUCAAUAAAAGACUUUACAGAGAAGGUGCAAGGAGAGUUCCAAAAAGAAAUUCGUUUAUCUGCUCAUGUUGAUCAUGAUGCACUGAUGAAGUUGUUGGAAUAUGUUUACUUGGGAUAUGCACUAGCAGGAGAGGAACUAGUGAAGAAGCUGAAAACUCUUGCUAAACGUUGUAAUCUACAGCCUCUAUUACAACUGCUUAGUAGAAAACAUCCGAAGUGGGGCACUCCCUUCCCUAGCUCUGAUCUUUCUCUGGCUCUUGGUCCAGCUGGAUUUCAGUUCUCGGACAUCAUCUUGGAAGCUAAAGUAACUGAACUGAUGUGCUGGACAUGCAGUUUUUGCUCUCUAUCAGAGCCACAUAUACAUGUUCACAAAGUUAUAUUGUCUUCAAGCUGUGAUUAUAUGCGGGCUUUGUUUCAGUCAGGAAUGAAGGAGAGCCAUUUGGGAACCAUUAAGGUCCCUGUUAGUUGGGAAGCAUUGGUGAAAUUAGUGAACUGGUUCUAUUCUAAUGAGCUGUCAAGUCCUCCCUCUGGAUGUUUAUGGGAUUAUAUGGAAACUGAAGAAAAGUUGUGCAAGCUGCGACCAUAUGUAGAGCUUUGCUGGCUUGCUGAGUUCUGGUUUUUGGAAGAUCUUAAGGAAGACUGUUCAAAUGUCAUUGUUUCUUGUCUUGAUUCUGCCAGAACCUUGUCUAUUAAAAUAAUCCAAAUUGCCGCUGAUUUUUCACUGUGGAAGUUGGCUGAAGUUGCAGCUAAUUACAUCGCUCCUUUUUAUCGCCAACUACAUGAUUCCGGUGAACUUGAAGCAUUGGAUGAUAUGCUAGUCAACAUGGUUCGUGUUGCUUCUGUUAGACUUUCUCAAGAGGGUGGUAGAAACUCUAGGUGAUCUUGUCUGCUUUGAGAUAAUUUGAGGAUUGGAGUGUUGACAGCAGUGUGGUUUGAUGCUAUUGAGAGCCUAAAAUGUGAAGGGAUGUCAGAUCUUCUCAUUGAACUUGAACAAGAUGGAAGAGAAUUUCUGGAAUCAGAUGAAAAUUCUCAACCACCACGUCAGAUUUGUUUUCAUCAUCUGCCAUCAGAUUGAAGCUCUCAAUCUCUAAAUCAGUAAUAACAAAGAUCCCUUUCUUGCACAUAAACAGCUGGGUUAACUAAUAGAAGUGGACUUCAUCUCAACUGCAGCCAAAAAUCUGCAAAGGAUUGGAAUGUUUCAAAUGGACCCUAGACAUUGUAUAAAUGGAUAGCUUCUGAAGUUAAAGAGGUUAUACUCGCGUCAAAUUCAAGAUGAGUGUACAGCAGUGCUUUAGACAUCAAAAUAGAUGAGUAAUAUGAACAUACAGUGGCUGAUAGUAUAAUGUAUAGCAGCACUUUGGAGAGAGAAAUGCCCAAAGUUUUGAGGGUUGUGAAAAAUCUGUUCUUGAUGUGAAAGCUUUCAUUCCCCAAAUCUUUUAUUAAGUGGGUGAAUGCUU